UUAUCACCAUAAGGGGUUUCAUUUGUGCUGAGAUUUUGCAGGAUCAAGUUUGGCCUUUUAUUUCUUUAAUGCACAGUGGUGACGAUGAUGAUGAUGGAAAUAACAUGCAUGAUGAUUAGUUGAUGGCUUUUAUCUUUUGCUCUCAAGUGCCAUCCUAUGUUGGUGUGCGGACCAUUUAUAACAUUGAUUCCCUUGAAAUCUGAUCUGGCUUGUCUUUUUCAUUUUCUUCAGGAUCAAUUUUCCCCCACCUCUUCACAUUUGCUUGCUUUGUCUUUGUGGGUGCUUGUUAUCAAAUAUCCAUAGCUUAAAGAAACCGCCUUUUGGAAUCAGCAUUGGUUUUUUUCCUAGUUUUCUUUCUGGGUAUUUUUCUGGGGGGAGGAGGAAUACUAACCUGAUAUUGAAAUGCUUUCUGGUGAGCUUUGGAGAUGCAUGGUAUAGAAUUGUAGGGUUGUGUUGGGGUUAAGAAAAUGGGAUCUCAAGGUGGGGCAGUUCAAGAGGCAAACACUACUACCCCUUUGGUUAGGCAAGGAUCCUUGUACAAUCUGACCCUAGAUGAGGUGCAUAACCAGAUUGGGAAUUUGGGGAAGCCACUUGGCUGCAUGAAUCUUGAUGAGCUGCUGAAGAGUGUGUGGAGUGCUGACAUGCAGGAUGGCCAAGCUGCUUCAGAUUCCUCUCUGAAUCCUCAGGGCAAUGUAACUUUGUCAAGGGAUCUUAGCAGGAAAACUGUUGAUGAGGUGUGGAGAGAUAUGCAACUGAAGAAGGAUGAGAAAACCCAGAAAAGAAAUCCUACACUUGGUGAGAUGACUCUGGAGGAUUUCUUGGUGAAAGCUGGAGUGGUAGGUGAUUCAAAUGGAGGUUCCUUACAGCAUGGUCAUUGGAUGCAAUACCAGCAUUCUUCAGUGCAGCAUCAGAAUAUGGUUGGGGGUUAUGUGACUGGCCAUGCCAUUCAGCAGCCUUUUGUUCUUGAUGCAUCAUACUCUGAGCCAGCUUCUGUAAUAGGAGCUUUAUCUGAUACACAAACUCCCUGUCGAAAAAGGCUUGCCUCUGGUGAUGUGGUGGAGAAAACUGUGGAGAGGAGGCACAAGAGAAUGAUUAAAAAUAGAGAAUCUGCUGCUAGAUCUCGGGCAAGAAGACAGGCAUACACACAAGAACUGGAGAUUAAAGUUAAGCAGUUAGAAGAGGAGAAUGAAAGGCUUAGAAGACUGAAUGAGAUUGAGAAGGCAUUGCCAUCUGUGCCACCACCUGAGCCUAAACAACAGCUUCGCAGAACUAGUUCAGCCAUCUUUUGAUAUCUUCUUUGCAAUGAAUUCUCAAUUCUUUUUCAUGC